AUGAAGAUAACUAAAUUUCUCGUGCUCUCCUUCUUUCUCCUUGCCUUCACAACUUCUUCUUCUCCUGAGGACAUUCAGGCUCAAGAUCCUGAAGCAGUGAUCGAUAUCUUCGGUAACGAGCUUGUGGCUGGUGGUAGUUAUUUCAUCAGAGCCUUUCCAGCUGGCAGUAAAACUCCUCUCGCGGUCUCUAGCGUGGGUAUGGAUCGAUACAUUGUGACCACCGGAGGUAUGGGUCCUUUGAAGCAGUUUAAGAUCACCAAGGAUAGAGCUAAUGAUGGAUUGUAUCAGCUUUCUUACUAUCCGACGAGUGAGGCCUUCAAUAAACGCCUAAGGGUCGAUGUUGGCUAUUUGGCCAAUAAUGACGAAGUAACCUACUUGACUCCUAAUGCCAACCCAGUUCGUUUUGCGUUUGUGCCAUAUUUGGUUGAAGUUCCUAAAAUCGAGUAUAAGAAGGUCUCUGGUCUUCAACAAGAUAAAGAUUUGUCUUUAAAUUCAAUUUCUACAAAGAAGGAUGAUGGGGAAGAAGAUGGCGCUGUGGAGGUUGAGGUGGACUGUGAUGGGGCUGCUGAUGUGGAGGUUCUAUUGGAUGAUCUCAGUCCUACUCUUACCGAUCGAAUGUACAGCAAGAUUAUUGCAAAAGUUAGAUGUUAA